AUGGGAAGUACUUCUUUAUGGUGUUUUCUAAUAUCCAUCAUUGUUGUGAUCGCAAUAUCCUUUGGGGGCUCUAUAUUGAUCUUAUGGCUUAUUUUCAUAACCAACAAAAUCAAAUUCAAUGUAACCGAUGCCACUCUCACCCAAUUCAACUUCACCAACAAUGACACUCAACUCCAUUACAAUCUUGGUGUCUUCUUCACCAUUAGAAACCCUAAUAAGCAAGUUGGAAUCUACUAUGACACCAUUGAUGCAACUGCAAUGUAUAAAGGUCAAAACUUCGACACCAGACUGCUAACCCCUUUUUACCAAGGCUCAAGCACUACAAGCUUACUUAAAGGACGAUUUGAAGGGCAGCAGGUUGUGGUAAUUCCCAACAACACGGUUUCUGAAUUAAAGUCUGAGAAACUUUCUGGGGUUUAUUCAAUUGAUGUCGAAUUUCGUCUAUCGUUGAGAUUGAAAUUUGGGCUUUUUAAAUUCAUUAGAGUUAGGCCUAAAGUAGGAUGUGGUUUCCAAGUUCCAUUGAAUUUUAGUGGAGCUUCUUCUUUUCAGAAUGCUAUUGGUUGUGAUGUUGAUUAUUGA